AUGUCGGGUCCUAAAAGCAGCUUUCAAGAGAUCCCUGUAAUCGACCUGGCUCUGGCAGAUGAUCCAGCAUCACUCCCAACGCUUCUCGGCGCUCUUCGCAUCGCUCUUACAGAGGUGGGAUUCCUAUACGUCUCAAAUCACGAGGUACCUCAGCAAGUAAUUCACAGUCUCGUUGACAUACUUCCGAGGUUAUUUGCACUCCCAGACAGUGCAAAAAAGGCAGCAGCUUUGGAGAACUCGAAGCAUUUCCUUGGAUAUUCGGGGGCAGGCACGGAAAUCACAAAUGGCCAGGCCGAUAUAAGAGAGCAAAUUGAGUUUGCAACAGAAUUAGCGGCCAUCUCAAAUCCCGAUGCCCCUCUAUAUGAAGGGUUAAGAGGCCCUAACCAGUGGCCUACUGGACUUCCAGAGUUGCAACCAAUCGUUGAAAAUUAUAUUUUAGAGUUGACUCUUCUUGCGGAGCGUUUCCUUGUUCUGGUAGCUCAAGCGCUAGACUUGCCCAAUCACACAUUUGAGUCCUUUCUCUCAGACCAACACCGCCUUAAAAUACUCCAUUACCCAGCCGUCUCUCCUGGGUCAGUUGGUCAAGGCGUCGGCCCUCAUAAGGAUUCAUCUGGCUGGUGGACAUUUUUGCUUCAAGCUUCGCCACCAAAUGUCAAGGGAUUACAAGUUCUCAACAAAGCCGGCGACUGGAUCGAUGUCCCUGUAAUUCCAGGCACGCUCGUGGUAAACAUUGGCCAAGCAUUCGAAGUAGUAACACAUGGCGUUUGCAAGGCAACAAUACACCGAGUACUCUCAAGUGAUUAUGAGAGAUUCAGCAUUCCCUUCUUUCAAGGCGUACGACGAGACUUGACCAAAAGUGAGGCUCUUGGGUCUUUGGGGGAUCAUUUCUCCACGUUUCGGCAUGAUGCUGGUCUCGAAUCAGAGGAAAGCAUGGCCAUUGAUUCUCCGUUUCUACGCGGCAAAUAUGACACUUGGGGCGAAUGUCAACUGCGAAUAAAGGUUCGAGCUCAUAGAAUCAACGGACAGAAGUUUUAUCCUACAGUAUAUAAGCGAUACAUCGAAGAUGAUGCUUAG